AUGGCGCGCUACGUGCGGCCCAUCUACGAGGCUAUCGACGCGCGCCAGUACAAGAAUGCCAUCAAGCUGUGCGCGCACAAGCGCGUGGCGCAGCUGGACAUCGUGCAGGUGCUCAAGGCGCACUGCCUGGAGCGCACGGGCCGCGUGGACGAGGCGCUGGACAUCUGCCGCCGCGUGCAGCUCAAGCAGCCGACGGACGAGACGCUGCUCAACACCAUGAACCUGGUCUUCAAGCUGGGCGGCUGCGAGCACGAGAUGCUGCCCACCUUCGAGCACGCGUGCGCCGUGAGCAGCCCGCCCAACGAGGAGCUCUACGUGGCGCUCUUCGUGGCCUACGCGCGCCGCGGCGCCUUCCUCAAGCAGCAGCAGACGGCGCUCAAGAUGUUCAAGGCCUUCGGCAACAUCAAGUACGUGUGCUGGGCUGCGCUCAGCAUGAUGCUGCAGGUCGAGCACGGCGGCACGCCCGCGCGCAUGCUGGCGCUGGCCGAGAAGAUGCUGCUCAAGACGCUGCGCGAGACGGGCUCGGACGACGGCGAGGCGCUACAGCUCACGGUGCUCAUCAUGCAGCUGCAGGACAACCACCAGGCGGCGCUGGAGGCAUUCGACGAGUUCGUCAAGGUGGACGACGGCAAGUCCGACAAGAAGCAGAAGAAGAACAAGGACAAACUGGGGCGCGCUGCAGAGGGGGAGGGCGCCUACGACGAGGACAUCGAGCUCGGACCCAUGCAGGCCAUCGACAGGCUCACGCUCGAAGCGGCGCUCGCGAAGAACGUGACCAACUGGACGCGCUGUGCGGCGGUAAACCGGAAGCUGCUGGAGGAGUACAACGCUGACGACUGGACGUUCUUGAAGGAGUACAUCGCCGCGCGCUUCGAAGAGAAUGCGGACCGCUCGUCGAAAGAUCUGCUGGCGCUUGGCGAAGAGAUGACGGCACUUUUGAACGACCUGCAGGCUCGUCCGGGCAACGAACGCAUUCGAGGCCCCGCUCUUGCGUUGAUCCACGUCAGCAGCGAGAUUUUGCGCCGUCUUAAGGCGGGAGACACCGCUGUUGCGCAGGUGGAGACGAACCUGCAAGAGCUCAUCGUUGCCUACGCGAACCGAUUCUUCUCCAAGGCGUGCUGCUUCACGGAUCUGAAGCAGUACUUCAAGCUCUACCUCAAGGAGAGCACGUCGGUGUCGGCGUCCGCGAAGUCCAACCUGAUCCAGCACUUCAAAAAGCUGUCGGAGGAGUCCGCUGCCUUGCUCAAGAACAAGCCGGCUGGUGAUGAGAUUGAUGAAAAGGUGCGGAAGGAGGGCCAAGGAAACUUGAGCAGGCGUCUGCUCGCACUCAAGACCCUGCGCUUCCUGGGCUACUACGACGACGCUCAGAAGUUCUCGGUGGAAGUUUUGGCUCACUUGGUUGAGGAGCUCGAGAGUGAGUAUGAAGCGACGAGCUGGCUCAACGUUGGUAGCGCCGGCGGCCAGCGCGAGGUGCAGCUUACGGACGACUUGCUCCUGCUGGCGACGCACUUUUUGCUGGAUAUUUAUCAGCGCUCGAGCGGUCAUCGUGAAUACUUGGAGCGUGCUGCAGGUCUGCUUGAGUACGGUCUGGAGAAGAGUGCCUACAAUUUCCAGAUGAAGCUGCUCCUGUCUCGUGUGUACGGCUACCUGGGCGCUGCGGAAGCCAUGUUGAGCCGCCACGCCGAGCUGGAUGUGAAGUACGUGCAGCUGGACUCGCUUUCGUUCUUGGUGCUCGAUAAGAUUCUCGACCUGUGCCAAUACCAAGAGGCGCGCAAGUUGAUCAACAGAAUUACGGGUCUGCACCACAGUACGGCGAAAGACACGCCCGAUCACAUUACCCGUGCUUACCGACUCGGUGUCUACUCGAAGGUGGUGGACAUGUCUUCGUUCUUGCACAAGCGCAUGAAGAAGUCGCACACGCUGGCCAUCAGCAAGGGAGAGACGCUGCGCUUUGAGUUGCUCGACGCUCUGUCCCAUGGUCCCUCAAAGCUUCAUGAACUCGUGACCUCUUCGAGCUUUGAAGCGCAGGUCACCGGAUUGGAAAACAUGCUCGCGUCCGAUGGCGCUGAGUUGUCCCAUAACCAGCACCGCGAGGUUAUCGUAGACUGGACUUCUAAGCAGCAGAUCCCCACCGGCAAUUUGUUUGCCCAGGAUACCGCGCCGCUCGUGGAGUGUGAUCGAUCUGCAGACGCUAACUCGUCACUGCUGUGGCUUAAGAUCCGAGUGCUCGUCCCGAAGCUGCUGAAGAGUCUCGCAGCGGAUGACCACUCAGCUUCGGGUGAUCUGGCGAAGGAAUACAGUGACCUGGUGACUGCGCUGCACCUCACAGGCUCCGGUUCUGGUGAGCUUCAGCUUCACGAGAGGCUCUGGAAGUGGAGUUCGGAGGCUGUUGCUCUCUCAGCAGAUCUCCAGAACGACUUCACAGCGAUUGCGGAGCAGCUUCGCACGGGGCUGGUGUCCUCCUCCGCUAGCUCUUCUGGGGGCCAGGUGGCGCUGUCGCCGUAUGCCGUGUCCACGCUGUCGUCGUUGCUGCUGGAUUCCGGUCUGUCGUCACUGAGUGCGUUGGCGCUUGCGCAGCGUGCGCUGGCCAAGAAGAACAAGAAGAGCGAGCAGCUCUCGGCGGCGUCACCCGCGCUACGCAACCUUCUCAAGCACAUGCAGGAGUCGCUGGUGGCCUUGGAGACGCGCAUUGCCGAGCUGCAGUUCACUUCGCACAAGGCCUCGGAGGCUUCAUCGCGGGGCCAGGCGCAACAGAAGGCACAGGCGAACGUGGUCAAGUCGUACGCGUCACUUCAAAAGAGACUGGUAGAGCUGCUUGGCGACCGCUGCGCCAGCAUUCGCGCCAUCCUGCAGAAGUAA